AUGGCCACCAAAACAGACUUCUCAACCCCCGACAUACCUCAAUCCACCGCCACAUUCUACGUCUCAGCCUGUACACGCAUCAACGCCCCUGCGAGUCUGGUCUUCCGCACCCUGCGCAACACCGAGACCUGGAAAGAUUGGAAUCGCUGGAUCCCCCGUGUCACGAUCACGUUCCAACCGGACGACGAAGACGACGCCACGCUCGCCGAGAUCGAGGAGUUGGUGAGAAAUACUUCCAUCGCGGUGAAUUUUGAUUCCGACAUCACCGAUGGAGCAAUUAUGCCCGGGCCAGGGGUCGAGCACUCUGCAGCGUACAGGAGAGGAAGCGGUGCUGGUUUGAGUGCAGGCAAUGGAGGUGCCAGACGCUCACGCAGCAUUGAGCGGCCGAGUAGUCCACCGCCCGUGACAAGGCAAAGGCUAGCCAGCAAUGCCAGCAGACUCUCGGGAGUCUCACAGACCAGCGUGGAUGGGCCCUCACGGUCAAAUUCAACCGCAAACACCAACGGCACGGCCGCAUUGUCCGCAGCUCAAAAGUACCAAGCGGCGACCGAAGCACGUAGGGCGUCCCUCUCUCCAGGGGGCCAAUCACCUCCUCCGUCCACAGACAAAAUUGCAAACGCCAAUUCCGUCCUGCUCGAGUCUCCUGGGAAUGCUUCUCUUCUCAUGCCUGCGCCCGCCAACACCCAGUCGACCGCCCUCGCAGCCAAAGCUUCGAGGCGCAAAUCCGCCACCAACUCCCAGCACAGGAGACAGCUUCACAUCAACGCCCUGUACGGCGAGCCCUCCGUGCGGAUCCAGCUCGGCACCCGGAUGAUCCUGCACAUGCGAAUGAAGCUGCCCCACAGCAAAGAGAUGAGAGAACAGGGCGUCGUCGUCACCGAAGUCUCCCGCCCGGACGACCCCCAGGACGACCCGGGACGGGAGGCGCUCAUGCGCACGCAGACGCACACGACCUCGGUCUCCGGCGUCUACCGACUCGUGUGGACCAGCACCAGCUCCUACAACCCGCCGAAGAGCUACCCGCGGUUCCUGCUGCACACGCAGCGCGUCCACGAAAUCCGGCCGUACACCAGCGGCGACGGCAAGGAGAUGUGCGAGUACUGGGACUGGGAAUGCCAGAAGGGCAUGUUGUCCAAGAAGAACAAGAAGGAGAGCGCGUACAUGGAGGAGCGGAUGGCCGAGUGGGGGAGGAUGUUAGGCGAGUUCUGCGAGAGCAUGGGCGGCGCGGUGGAGAGGCGGGAUUUCAGUGUUUCGUGA